AUGGCUGAUUUCCUCGCCAGCUUCAAUUUUGGAACCGACAAUGAGGUUGCGCCAAACGACGGCGCGUGUGCAUCGCUUGACCACCUCCAGGGUCGCCUUCGCGCUCUGAUUGAAGAAAAAACGACAGCUACCCGAGCCGAACAUGUCAGCACGACGGUCGAUGUUGCCGGCACGGCAGAGUUUGCUGUGGAUUUGACACAGGGAGACAAAGAUAAUAUGAAUAACGUUGACCCGUUGCUUUCGGGCGGAGCAGAGGAUACUGAUCGGAGGCACGAGGGCCAGACGCAUGUGUAUACGGCCAUGGAUGUGCUGAGGGACCAGCCCAGCCAGGCGCCUGUGGUUCAGAAGGCUGUGGCGGAACAGAUUGCCACGGCUGCUGGUGUUGAAGACAAGAGUGUGUGGGCGUUGCAUAGCUUCGAAUCUGCAGCCCACGGGUGGGAUUUCACCUUUAUAUGUGAGCAGUCGGUUCAGCAUUGGAAAGCGCAGAACGAGGGGAAGACGAAGGCUAUUGUCGGGGAGUACACCAAGAAGGAACCCGAUCCGGUCUUAAUGAGUCGACCGGCAUUUGACUGUAGAGGACGACUACUCAUUACCUUUUCAAGAAAAGCCCGUACAAUAUCCGUCAAGUACAACCAUACAAUCAUGCACAAAUCUGUCGCCGACCUCACAGAGUUAUUUAAACCCCCGCCCAUGAUUGGGCCGCAGAAGCCAGAUAAAAAGACGUUAGCCAAGGCUGCCAAAUUGGCACAGGAAGAAGCCGCCAAAGUCAGAAGAAAGAAGAACACGGAGCAUCAAAGGGGGCAAGAUGGCGAGUCUAAAGGGCAAAGAAGGAGGAGGAAUAAAAAAGCAGCCGGGGAGACGCAGCAAGCGCACCUGUCGUUGGUGGAACAAGCCGCCCAGGCUUUGGAUCAUGCUGACAUGUCGCGACUUGGUGAAGCUGUUGCUGCGAUGAAUAACGAUGACGAUGGACAUGGUUCUGCCGUGGGAUGGGGAACGAACCCGAGCGCUGGUUCUGCUAUCAAGCCGUUAUCUCUUAACGUAACUCCAGAGGAGGCAGCGCGUCGGAAAGACGUCGCGAGUAAGCUGUUGACCGAGGCUGGCGUGAGUCCUGACUCGCUCUCUACCGACCAGUUCAACAUCUUUGCAAACCAGGCACCAGAGCUUCAGAAGGAAUCCCUUAACAUGUUGGUUACAUAUGGAGCGCAGCGACUGCAGAUCAUCCAUCCCAGUAAUAAGGAAAGCUCAGCUCCAGUACCUCAGUCCGACGUCUCUCCGUCAGGUGAGGGAGCAGCCUCUGGUGCGAGGACGACAACAACAGAACUCGUCCUGGAAGACUCGACUCCAAAGGGCAAACGGAAGCGAAGUUCGAGACCACUUGGAAAGUCGCGGCUCUCUUGUUUUACAUGCAAGAAGCGCAGAGUCAGGUGUCCGAGGGAGAGACCGACCUGCUCAGAGUGCCAAGACAGCCAAGCUGAAUGCCAUUAUCCGCCGCAGCCUUCACGAAAGCCAAAGCAAAAGUCUGAUGCACUCGCGACCGAUGAUGCUGAUGCCGAUGCUGAGGCUGACGAUGACAAUGUUGAAGGGGAGGCUGAUGAGACUGUCAUGACUGAGGCAAACGCCAAUGAUACCUCCAUGACAGAGGCAAAUGCUAACGCAGGGCAACAAGAAGCGCCCCAGGAUGACAACGACUUUAGUUCGGACCCGGGUGCGCCAUACUCCUACCCCCAAAUCCCUGGGCCGGACUUGGUUCGUGAUUCCGCGCAUGAUCUCGCCCACAGUUUCCAUCAACAGCCAACACAAGCUCCUUACUUCCAGUCGGCAUCAGGACUGGCACUUCCGCAACCGGACCCUUUGGAUGACGCACCAAGGUCUCAACUAAAUAAUGGCAUGACCCUGUCGGAAAACAGCGCAUAUUACCCAUCAUAUCCUCCCCCAGAACCUGCUCCUGAAACGGAACCACAACGUGAGCUUGAAGAACGACAGCCCGUUGAACCGAAUAUUCGUACCUCGAAUCAUAGAAGACAAGCUUCAAAUAAUACUCGAACAAAUACCAAUACCCAGAAAUCAAGUUGGGCCCAGCAGCACGGCAAUGAUAUGUUUAUACCUACAGUCAGUGAAGCAUCACCAUUACUACAACACGGCCAUCCAGUGUCACAGAGUCCCGACCUCGCGCCAGCAACUGCUCACAUCAACAUGGAAGACGCCGCUCUUUUGACACAUGCUGCCACUCACAAUCAGUCAUACGCACCCAACUCCAGCAUGAGGAUACAUCGUCCGACACCGCCGCAGCCGAAGUCUCCGUUUCUACCCCCGUAUCACUCGCGCUCCGCGUCGCAGCAGAGCCAUAGAUCGUCUGGCAUGAUGGCGCAUUCGAGAUCAAGUGCGUUCCAAGCACGACCACCACCACCACCCGCAGCAGCAGCAGCAGCAGCAGACACGCACUCGAAUAUCCGGUAUAACAAUGUGCAGAGCCGGUCGUCAAUAGGCGGAUUGCCAACGGCACGAUACGGGAGUAAUGAUGGGGUGGACUCUUCCAACAAAAUUGGCUAUAAGCCUUACUCGUACCAGAAGAGCGGGUCGAGUGCAGGUACAAGCAACCACGGUUAUCAGUCGCAGUCGUUUCAUUCGCCAAUGACGUCUUCAGGAAUGCACGGGUCGUUGGCAGCAUAUGCUGGGCUGCGGCCUGGACAGGGCACGCCGGGCGAUAGGCAGGACCAUCGGCAGGGGCAGCAUGGCCAGCAUGGCCAGCAUGCACAGAAUUGGCAAGGUGAGAGUCAGGGCAAUGGAUUUGGACAAAGUCAGAGGCAUGGGUAUAACUGGGGGAUGGGGGAAGGUUGGAACCAGGGGCACAACCAGGGGCACUAG